UCAGUUCCGCUCUCGUCGCCGCCGCAAUCGCCGCUUCCUGUCCGGGCGGAGGGGACUCGUGUCCCUUUCCACUCUCCGUGUGUGCGUGUCCCGCCACCGCCCCGCACCCCUUUCUCCCCUCUCGCCACCGGGGCCGCCGCCAUGGCCAUGAGACAGACCCCGCUGACAUGCUCUGGGCACACAAGGCCCGUGGUGGACCUAGCCUUUAGCGGCGUCACCCCCUACGGCUACUUCCUCAUCAGCGCCUGCAAGGAUGGUAAGCCUAUGCUGCGUCAGGGCGAUACAGGAGACUGGAUUGGAACAUUUCUGGGUCAUAAAGGUGCUGUUUGGGGGGCCACUUUGAACACAGAUGCCACGAAAGCAGCUACAGCAGCAGCAGAUUUUACGGCCAAAGUGUGGGAUGCUGUGUCAGGCGAUGAACUAAUCACAUUGGCUCACAAACACAUUGUCAAAAGUGUGGAUUUUACACAGGAUAGCAAUUAUCUGUUAACAGGUGGACAAGAUAAAUUGUUGCGUAUCUAUGACUUGAGCAAGCCAGAAGCAGAACCUGAUGUUGUCAGUGGACAUACUUCCGGCAUUAAAAAGGCUUUAUGGAGCAGUGAUGACAAACAGAUUCUUUCAGCUGAUGAUAAAACUGUCCGCCUCUGGGACCGGAGUACCAUGACUGAAGUGAAAGCCCUAAAUGUUGCAAUGUCAGUGAGCAGCAUGGAGUAUGUUCCAGAAGGGCAGAUACUUGUGAUAACCUAUGGGAAGACUAUUGCUUUUCAUAGUGCAGAAACUCUAGAGCAAAUUAAAUCAUUUGAAGCACCUGCUACAAUCAAUUCUGCAUCACUUCACCCUGCAAAAGAAUGUUUGGUUGCAGGUGGUGAAGAUUUUAAACUCUAUAAAUAUGACUAUAAUACAGGAGAAGAAUUAGAAUCUUACAAAGGACACUUUGGUCCAAUUCACUGUGUUAGAUUUAGCCCUGAUGGAGAGUUAUAUGCAAGUGGCUCUGAGGAUGGUACACUACGGCUGUGGCAGACAACAGUAGGGAAGACCUAUGGUCUUUGGAAGUGUGUAGUUCCUGAAGAGGACAAUGCAGAAGCAGCAAAAGCAAGGACCACCCUUCCAGGAACUGCAGAGGAGGAAAUAGCAGAAGAUCUUCCCUCUGAAAACUCAGAUUCAGUGUACAGCUCAACUCCUGAAGUUAAGGCCUGACGACUGCAACUGUUACACAGCGUAUGGACAUACAAAACAAAAUCCAGUGAAGAGUGAUAAACAGCAGCCUUCCAGAGUGUGCUCUCUACAAAAGGCAAGGAUGGGCAGUAAUUGAUGAGAAUGAGGUGGACCUGGCUAGGUGUUGUCUGUAAGAGAACUGAGUAUCCCAAUAAAAAAAAAAAAGGAAAAAAAAAAAGGAAAAACA